AUUUAAAAAAAAGAAACGAUAACUAGCCAUUUCUUUGAUUUUAUUUAGUUUGAUUUUAACACAAUCACACAUCAUACAUACUCGCACUAUAAAUAUCAUACACUUGUGAUCUAAUAUACUUAGUUUGACAAUGGUGAUUAUUGACGGUGUGCUUCACCCGACCUGGCUUGACCUGGUCUGACAAGGCCCAAUACACACCGACAGGAAUGACGCGCGAAAGCGAAUGGAAACCUACGAGUGAAACGAACCAGCUUCAGACAGAGCCAGCUUCGCCAGUCAGACUUUAGCUAGCGUCCAAACCGGUGCAUUUCAUUGGUAUAAUUUCUAUUCGCACGCGCGCAAGAACAAUUUCCAGCUGUCGCGAAUCAACAAUUGCAAAAGAUAAAAUCGAAAAUCGCCAAAAUACGGAAUAAAAACGCGUGCGUGAAAAGUUAUAACCGUGAACGUUAUAAUCAAAGGUGUGUUACAAAGAAAUUGAUUUUUAAUGAAUGUGUAAAUGAACGAUGGAAUAAUUCAGAAACGAAAGCACAAUUUUUUGAAGAAAUGGAAAAUCGUUGAGCUCAAGCUCGAAAUUUGUUAACUUAUAUUGUAGAGGAACGGCACCAGAAAAACGCUUCGGUUAUUUAUGUUAAAUGAUCGAACGCUAACCUAAAAUAAUUCGAGCGAAGACUAGCUUAUUACGGAUCGCCAUUGUUGGAUACUAUUCGUUCGCAAAAUGGAUUCGUUCCUAUUAUCUUUUUCGCCAUCAUCAUCGUCGAGGCAUCAUUCUCGCCAUCGUCAUCGUUAUCCUCGACGUCAUCGUCACCGCGAUUGAAAGCUAGUCGAAACUUGACAGGAUCUGGAGCCUUUGAAUAGGAAUACGGCCGAUAUUUCAACAAAGCGCCGCAUAGCAGGCCGAUCGUCGCUGCGCAUCAUGUUCGGGACGAAACUGCGCACAUGGAUGGAGGCACAUAUCGUGCGUUCGAAGAAGAAAAAGGAUCGAAAAAAAGGGGAGAAAGGAUUUGAUUCUAAUUGCAAUUCCCCUCGUAAUCAUGGAUCCCACAGAUCAUCCACGUUACACCAAGUUCACCCGAUAGACUCUUCGAAAAAUGUGGAUGGAAUUCGAUUGCACGGUGAAGGUAGUCGAUGCGGCACUGUGACUGCAUCCUCGGGUACAUCAGCAGGUACCGGCAGCGUGAAUCUCUCUUCCCCGGAAAGUGCCUAUAGUACUGGAUACUCAACGGACGGUACCUCGCCCGGAACCAGCUAUCCACCGGAAUAUUACAUCAAUAUCAGGACCGGUACCCAUUACUUUCAAAGUAAUGCCAACGCCAAUACAGGUACGGGGACUGGCAGCUACAAUAAUGGUAAUAACAAUAGCAACAGCAACAACAACAACAACAACAAUAACAACGCCAGACCAAAGAAAUCGAUCGAUUCGUCGGAUUUGCCGGUGACCGCUGUACUCUCUGGACGUAAACAUGGAAGGUACGACGGCAAUAUCGAACCUUCUGCUUCUACCUCUUCCACGAUCUUCGCAUCUGGAAUGAUGAGCAUGGAUAACGAAGUGACAAAAGGUUUUCGAACUAAUACUCCGAGCAAGAUCAGUGAUCACUUUCUGGACGAGGAUAGAUCAUUGCAACAGAGGGCGUUACUACAAGAGAAAUAUCACCGACGAACCGAAUCAAUCUCCGCGGAAUCUUCGAGAAGCAAUUUAAUUGUCCCACCUUCUUCUAUACCACCGCCUUUAUUAUCACCAACUAUUCAAUCGCCUCGCGAACGGUCGCGGAUCCGUACCAAUCCGUGGCUCUCGGCCAAUUCCUCCGGCUCGAGUACAACUGGUUUCAAAUCGAGAUUGAAUCUUGACGACACUAGCAGUGGCUCGGGAUUAAAGCUGACCGAAUCAUCCGGAAGCGCAAGCGACGUGAACACGAGCAGCGUACGAGUGGGGCGAGCCAGAAGAGAGUUCAAGCAAGAGAGUCUUAGCGCUGGAAGGAGUCCGAUAAACCAAAAUUGGAGAAUAGCGUCUGGCAUGGAAAUUCGGCCAAAGAUAGCAUUAUCCGUGCAACGACGUAACAGCGCCAGCAGUAGCAGCAGCGCCAGCACCAAUAGCACAAGCAGCAACGUGAGCAGUGGUAGCAACGGAAUCGGUAGCAGCAGCAACGAUAACGAGGACGAGAACAGGAACGAAAAUGAGAACGACAAUGGGAACGAAAAUGAGAAUGGUUCGUCCGCGUCGUCGGUUACGCGAAGUGCCAGAUCAUCAGAAGAUGACAUUACUUUGAACGAGAUGAUGGGCAAGUUCGAUGAAAGUUACGUGUACGAAAAGGAGACCGAUAUUUUGUCCGAUAGCGACCCAACCGAUUGCGAGGACUAUAUCGAGUCUCUGUCGGACUUGGAUGCGACUAGAGAUGCAAAUGAUGAAAACGAUCCCCUUGACAACGACGAUUUUGAUUACAUAGACAACGGCUCGUUCCUCGAUCUCGACAAUCUUGAUUGUACCGGACGCUUCACCAAUACUGGACAUUGUACUUAUUUCGCGUUCGCCGGCGAACUUGCCCGGCGAAGCAGCAGACUGCGAGAGUCAUUGAUGAAGCGUAGAAAUAGGGACGACGCGACGAUGCUUCAAAGAACGAUCAGCGCGAAGAAUACCACGAAAAAGCAGUUAGCACGUCACAAAAAGCAAAUAGACGAGAAGCAAUUAACCGAGAAACGAAAGAAGAGAUCCUUACAGCGUCGGCAAACGAAUUUUGAUAAACGCGAUCCGAAUGCAGCUGUAGUCGGAAUGGCCAACGAUGGUCACGACGACGACGACGACGAUAACGAUGAUGAAGAUGGAACAGCAAAUUUAAAUCGCGUAUUGGUAGAGAGAAUGUUGCUUAAAAAUUCGGGUUUCAAUCAGGGUAGUAGAAGCGUUGGAGGCACCCCAAUUUGCUUACGUCGAAAAAAACACGAUGUAAACAAGAACUUGUCACCACUGCGAUUAAACGAUAAACAAUCACCUGCCGUUGGGAUAAUAACCAAUGAUCCUGAUGCCGUUAAAAGACGAUCGAAUUCGGUAAGCUAUGUGAAUGGAAAUCUUGUUAGACGACAGAUAAGUAAUACCGAGAACACGUAUAUGACCACAUUCGCCUCUGAAAUCGCGUUGAUCGAGGCCGACAAGGAAGCGGACAAAAAAUAUCGGGAACUGAUUCUCGAGGCGGAAAAUAUUUUGGUCAAUAUGCAAAAGAAUCAAAACAGCUUACCUAUUGUGCCAUCACCUUCUCGAAAGUUUCACAAUGGACUAGCCAAUAAGCGUGUCGAGCUCAUCAAGAGCACAGAGUUGAACAUAGAGCUUGCUCUUUCUAAAAGCAGGAAUUCUCAACCAGAAUUGCAGAGUGGUAGCAUCAAAGAUCUCGAGCAUACGAGUCCUAAGAGGCAACAAUUUGUUCACACUUGUUCUCCGAUUCGUCGAUUUGCCGAACGUAACGUCUCCUUGCCAACCGCUGGUGCAGCCACGUUUCAAUCGAGCUCGAACAAAUGCCCCGUCGACUCUCCACUCGUUUCGAAAAGAGUGGCGAAUCAACAGCAAUCGUUGGAUAGAAGCCUGCUCCGUUCCUCUCGACCAAAAAUCUACGAGAAUCAAGAUUCUAAUGACAACGAGGGACGACAGAGCGCGGAAACGACGAUGAGCACAGUGACGAUGUUCGAUUGCAACGGUAUCCUUGGAUCGGACGUAGAUCGAGGCGCGACACGAUCUCAAAUUUCCUACCUCGUUAAUAAUAGGCCAUGCGCCAUUUUACAUACGCACAGAGAUUCUUUUUCUGCAGUGAAUCGGAAGGAAUUUCGCAGCUCGAGAUCGUCCAACGCAGGCAAGGAAGAUGGAGUGACAUCGAGUUCUUCUGAUUCCGAGGAAAGAUGUGAUAUCAGGAGACGGGCACCUCUAAUGACUUUCAGGUCGGUCGAUAUGGGUCCCAUAAAAGAAGGAUCUUCCUAUUGCCCGCAAAGUGAACCGGUAAAAAGGAAAGUGUACGCAGGCAGUGCAUCUUAUGGCAGGAUACAGAAAACUUUGGGUGAGCAGAUCGUCUUGAGAAACUCGGAUGGAGAUACCGCCACCGAUGAUACAGAUGAUUCAAGAAAAUCGUUGAAGGAAAAGGUGGCCAGGCUUCGACAAGAACGGUUAAUCGCGAAUACAAGCGGUCAAGAUUCGCAAAUCUUUCAACAUCAACUCUCCCAAUUGCGAAGACAAAUGCUGAUGCAGACAAUUGAGGGUCUGAAGAGAAGUCUCGAGGAUCAGUCCGCAACUUUGAAGCAGACGUGCUUAGAACCGGAUUCGAAUAAGGUAAGGAUAAAAUUAAGAUCGGAAAAAUAUCCCGUUCCAUCCUUCUCAUUUUUCUCUCUCUCCUUUUAUAUUCCAUCCUGGUAUAAUGUUUUCCUUCUUUUUCCUUCGAUUUAUCGAUCGAAUGAUUCGCGUACCUUCACGGGCCUAUCCGCGGACUAAUCCUCGCGUUCACAAUACGUGCUGAUAUUAUCAUCCCAACUUUCCAUACAUACAUAUAUACAUUAUUAUAUUAACUCGUAAUGUUCCUAUUUUUACUUCGUAAUUGCUACUUCCGAAGAAAAAUGGUCAAGAUAACAAUGGAACUAGGAGCAAAGUUGUCGAUUCUGUCGAUGGAAGAAACAUUUCCCGUUAGUAUACCAAAGAUAAUAACCUAGCAAGGUAGUAUAGAACUGUUUAGUUGAUAAUAGCAUUGUAUGCUAUAUAGACGUUCGUAAAUAUUAGAAAAGCUAUUAUUAGAAUAUAUUUCUCUGAGUUUCGUAGAGAAACGAUACCGUAUUGCGUCGGAGAAAUCGUCAAGAGAUCUUCCAUGAUCGUCAGAUUCAAAUUUAUUACCGUCGAUGAAUUAGUUCUUCCGUUUCCGAUCCGUUG